AUGGCAAGGAGGAAAUUUAGUGGACUAGAAAUCUUUCUGAUUGUCCUCUUCAUUAUAGUAACUAUAAUAGCUAUUGCUCUAGUUAUAGUUUUAGCAACGAAGACACCUGCUGUUGAAGAAAUAGCCAGUCCAACUUCAACACCAGCCACCACUGCUUAUCCUUCAGGACUUGGAAAAUGUCCCACAGAUCCAAAUGAACCUGUCAAUGAAAGAAUUAACUGCAUUCCAGAACAACAUCCAACACAGGCUCAGUGUGCGGCCCGCGGCUGUUGUUGGAGUCCAUGGAACAGCACUGUCAUUCCUUGGUGCUUCUUCGUAGAUAACCAUGGCUAUAAUUCUGAGGGACUAACAACAACAGAUACUGGUUUGGAAGCCAAGUUGAGCAGGAUCCCUUCCCCUACGCUGUUUGGAGGCGACAUUAAUAAUUUACUCCUCACAAUCCAAAAUCAGACUCCUAAUCGCUUGCGGUUCAAGAUUACAGAUCCAAACAACAAAAGAUUUGAAGUUCCUCAUCAGUUUGUAAAAGAAUUCAAUGGACCCUCAUCUUCUGAGACACUGUAUAAUGUGCAGGUUACAGAUAAUCCAUUUACCCUCAAAGUUAUCAGGAAAAGCAACAACAGAAUCUUGUUUGAUACCAGUGUUGGUCCCCUGGUGUACUCAAACCAGUAUUUACAGAUUUCAACUAAACUUCCAAGUGAAUAUAUUUAUGGCAUUGGGGAGCAUAUUCAUAAGAGAUUUCGUCAUGAUUUGUAUUGGAAAACAUGGCCAAUCUUUACUCGAGAUGAAGCUCCCGGAAAUAAUAACCAUAAUCUCUAUGGGCAUCAAACAUUCUUCAUGGGCAUUGAAGACACAACUGGAAAAUCAUACGGUGUUUUUCUCAUGAACAGCAAUGCAAUGGAGAUUUUCAUCCAGCCAACGCCAAUAGUGACUUACAGAGUUACUGGUGGAAUUCUAGACUUUUAUGUGUUUCUAGGAGAUACACCAGAACAAGUAGUCCAACAGUAUCAAGAGCUCGUUGGACGACCACUGAUGCCUGCUUAUUGGAAUCUUGGAUUUCAACUGAGUCGCUGGAAUUACAAUUCACUGGAUGUAGUGAAGGAAGUUGUGAGAAGAAACCGGGAGGCUGGCAUACCAUAUGACACACAAGUCACUGAUAUUGACUAUAUGGAAGACAAGAAAGACUUCACUUACGAUGAAGCUACAUUUAAUGGACUCCCUGAAUUUGUUCAGGAUUUGCAUAACAAUGGACAAAAAUAUGUCAUUAUUUUGGACCCUGCAAUAUCUAUAAAUAAACGUGCCAAUGGAGCAGACUACGGAACAUAUGUGAGAGGAAACGAACAAAAUGUCUGGGUGAAUGAGUCAGAUGGAACCACACCACUUAUUGGAGAGGUAUGGCCGGGAUUAACAGUGUACCCUGACUUCACUGGCUCCCAGACCAUUGAGUGGUGGGCAAACGAAUGCAGCCUCUUCCAUCAGCAGGUGGAAUAUGAUGGACUUUGGAUUGACAUGAAUGAAGUUUCCAGUUUUAUUCAAGGUUCCCUGAAAGGAUGUGCUGUCAAUGAAUUGAAUUAUCCACCUUUUACUCCAAGCAUUCUUGACCAACUUAUGUAUUCCAAAACACUCUGUAUGGAUUCUGUGCAGAGCUGGGGGAAGCAAUAUGAUGUUCAUAGCCUAUAUGGAUACAGCAUGGCCAUAGCUACAGAGAAAGCUGUGGAAAAAGUGUUUCCUAAUAAGAGAAGCUUCAUUCUCACACGGUCGACAUUUGCCGGGAAUGGAAGACAUGCUAAUCAUUGGCUGGGAGACAAUUCUGCCACGUGGGAGCAAAUGGAAUGGUCCAUCACUGGGAUGCUAGAGUUUGGUCUGUUUGGGAUGCCUUUGGUUGGAGCAGACAUCUGUGGGUUUUUGUUUGACACCACGGAAGAGCUUUGCAGAAGAUGGAUGCAACUUGGAGCAUUUUAUCCAUUUUCUAGAAAUCAUAAUGCUGAAGGCUAUAUUGAACAAGAUCCUGCAGUUUUUGGGCAAGAUUCCCUUUUGGUUAAAACAUCAAAGCACUACCUAAAUAUUCGCUACACCUUGCUGCCUUUCCUCUACACUCUGCUUUAUAAAGCCCAUGCAUUUGGAGAGACGGUUGCAAGGCCAUUUCUUUUUGAAUUUUAUGAAGACACCAACAGCUGGAUUGAGGACACCCAAUUUCUAUGGGGCCCUGCAUUACUUAUCACUCCUGUUUUGAAACAGGGAGCAGAGGUUGUGAGUGCAUACAUCCCUGAUGCUACGUGGUAUGAUUAUGAAACUGGUGAAAAAAGACCUUGGAGAAAACAAAGAAUUGAUAUGCAUCUUCCAGCAGACAAAAUAGGGUUGCAUCUUAGAGGAGGCUAUAUCAUCCCUACCCAGGAACCUGCUGUAACAACAACAGCAAGCCGUAAGAACCCUCUAGGCCUUAUCAUUGCAUUGGAUGAAAAGCUAUCAGCAAAAGGAGACUUCUUUUGGGAUGAUGGUGAAUCUAAAGAUACCAUAGAAAAAGGCAACUAUAUAUUAUAUACAUUUUCAGUGUCUGAUAAUAGCUUGGUUGCAACGUGCACACAUUCAUCAUAUCCGGAUGGCACCACAUUAGCCUUUAAAACUAUCAAAGUCCUUGGGCUGACAGAAAGUGUUACAGAAGUUACCACAGGAGAAAAUAAUCAGCAAAUGUCUCCUCAUAAUAAUUUCACUUAUGAUCCCUCCAGUCAGGUUCUCUUAAUUACAGAUCUCAACUUCAAUCUUGGAAAAAGCUUUAAUGUAGCAUGGACACAAAGUUUCUCAGAAAAUGAGAAAUUCAAUUGUUACCCAGAUUUCUACGAAGCAAACAAAGAACAGUGCGCCCAACGUGGCUGUACGUGGCAAGAAGUUACAUCUGGUGGAGCACCUGAAUGUUACUUUCCAAGGGAAUAUAAUCCUUAUUUGGUUACUUCAACUCAAUAUUUACCAACUGGUAUAACAGCCACCCUCCAAUUGAAUCCUACUAGAGCUCAAAUAAGCCUUCCAUCUUCUCCCAUCUCCACUCUUCGUGUGGAAGUAAAAUAUCACAAAAAUGAAAUGCUGCAGUUUAAGAUAUAUGAUGCCAAUAACAAGAGAUAUGAGGUUCCAGUACCACUGAACAUUCCAGACACUCCAACAAGUUCUUAUGAAAACAGACUUUAUGACGUUGAAAUCAAGGAAAAUCCUUUUGGCAUCCAAGUUCGACGCAGAAGCAGUGGAAAGCUCAUUUGGGAUUCUCGCCUGCCUGGGUUUGCAUUCAAUGACCAGUUCAUUCAGAUAUCUUCCCGACUGCCAUCCCAAUAUCUAUAUGGUUUUGGGGAAGCAGAACACACAGCAUUCAAGCGAGAUUUGAACUGGCACACUUGGGGCAUGUUUUCGAGAGAUCAGCCUCCUGGUUAUAAGUUUAAUUCCUACGGAGUUCAUCCCUAUUACAUGGCUUUGGAAGAUGAAGGCAAUGCUCACGGAGUCUUGCUUCUGAACAGCAAUGCAAUGGAUGUUACAUUCCAGCCAACUCCUGCUCUAACAUACCGCACAAUUGGCGGAAUCUUGGAUUUUUACAUGUUUUUGGGCCCAACUCCAGAAGUUGCAACAAUGCAGUAUCAUGAAGUGAUUGGCUACCCAGUCAUGCCACCUUACUGGGCCCUAGGAUUCCAAUUAUGUCGUUAUGGAUACAGAAACACUUCAGAGAUUGAGGAACUGUAUAAUGGCAUGGUGGCUGCUCAGAUCCCUUAUGAUGUUCAAUACACAGACAUUAAUUAUAUGGAGAGGCAACUUGACUUCACAAUUGGUGAAAAUUUCCGUACUCUUCCUCAGUUUGUUGAAAAAAUAAGAAAAGAAGGAAUGAAAUACAUCAUUAUCCUGGAUCCAGCAAUUUCAGGAAAUGAGACAAAGCCUUAUCCUGCCUAUAGCAGAGGAAUAGAGAAAGAUGUGUUUGUCAAAUGGCCUGGCACAGAUGAUAUUUGUUGGGCAAAGGUUUGGCCAGAUUUACCUAAUGUAACAAUAGAUGAAACCAUUACAGAAGAUGAAGCUGUUAAUGCUUCCAGAGCACAUGUGGCUUUUCCAGAUUUCUUCAAGAAUUCUACAGCAGAGUGGUGGGCAAGGGAAAUUAUAGAUUUCUACAAUGACCAGAUGAAGUUUGAUGGCUUGUGGAUUGAUAUGAAUGAACCAUCGAGCUUUGUAAAUGGAACAACCACUAAUGUGUGCAGAAAUGAUAAACUGAAUUAUCCACCUUACUUACCAGACCUUACAAAAAGAUAUGAGGGGCUACAUUUCAGAACUAUGUGCAUGGAAACUGAGCAGAUUCUUAGUGAUGGAUCAUCAGUUUUGCAUUACGAUGUUCACAAUUUGUAUGGAUGGUCACAGAUAAAACCCACUCUGGAUGCAUUGCAGAAGACAACAGGCAAGAGAGGGAUUGUGAUCUCUCGGUCCACAUAUCCCACUGCUGGUCGGUGGGGGGGACACUGGCUUGGAGACAACUAUGCGAAUUGGGAUAAUUUGGAAAACUCAGUCAUUGGAAUGUUGGAAUUUAAUCUCUUCGGAAUGUCAUAUGUUGGAGCCGACAUCUGUGGUUUUUUCAACAACUCAGAAUAUCAACUCUGUGCCCGUUGGAUGCAACUUGGAGCAUUUUAUCCAUAUUCGAGAAAUCAUAACAUUCAAUUUACUAUAAGACAAGAUCCUGUUUCCUGGAAUGAAACAUUUGCUCAAAUGUCAAAGGAAAUUCUAAAUAUCAGAUAUACCUUAUUGCCCUAUUUCUACACACAAAUGUAUGAAAACCACGCUCAUGGGGGCACUGUCAUCAGACCCCUUAUGCAUGAGUUUUUUAAUGAAAAGAAAACCUGGGAUAUCUACAGGCAGUUCUUGUGGGGCCCAGCUUUCAUGGUGACACCUGUACUUCAUCCUGACCAGACCAGUGUAACCGGCUAUGUCCCCAAUGCUCGGUGGUUUGACUACCAUACUGGUGAAGAUAUAGGCAUUAGGGAGCAAGAAUACACAUUUGAAGCCCCUUUUGAUACAAUAAACCUACAUGUCCGAGGUGGCUACAUUUUACCAUGUCAAGAACCUGCUCAAAACACAGUUCUCAGCCGAAAGAAUUUCAUGAAGCUUAUUGUUGCGGCAGAUGACAAUCACAUGGCACAAGGAACUCUGUUCUGGGAUGAUGGAGAGAGUAUAAACUCCUAUGAAAGAGACCUAUAUACAUUGGUCCAAUUCAACUUAAACAAGACAACUUUGACAAACACUGUAUUGAAACAUGGGUAUAUAAAUAAAGAUGAAAUGAGACUUGGAAUGAUCUUUGUAUGGGGGAUAGGAAAAACCCCUGUCAAUGAAGUAAAGCUGACAUAUAAUGAAAACAUACUACAACCUGAGUUUUUGCAAGAUGCAGCGAAGGAGAUACUUCAUAUUAAACUGCAAAAUUUCAACAUAACUGUAGAUGAAUCAAUAGAAAUCAGCUGGUCAUGA